AUCAUGCCCGUGUAUAAUGCUUCUGAUUGGCUGGACGAGUGUCUGCAGGCGAUACUGGAGCAGGAUUUCCCGGGCCGUAUGGAGCUGUCCGUGUAUGACGACGGCAGUACGGAUAACUCCAGAGAACUGAUCGAGGGAUGGAGGCAGAGGUUCGAGGACAGAGGCGUUUCUGUGAUCUCAGGACACAAGGCAUCCAGCCCACGAGGAGUUGGAUUUGCUAAAAACCAGGCGGUGUGUCAGAGCUCUGGACGAUUCCUCUGCUUUCAGGAUGCGGAUGAUGUCAUGAGGCCUCAGAGAGUUCGGCUACAGUAUGAAGCGGCUGAAGUCAAUCCCACCGCGAUCGUUGGUUGUAAAGUGUGUCGAGUUCCUGAAGGCUCCACUGAGCGAUACACCAGGUGGAUCAACUCUCUGAGUCCAGAGCAGCUCCUCACACAGGUGUUCACGUCUCACGGGCCGACGGUCGUCAUGCCGACCUGGUUCUGCUCCCGCCGCUGGUUCCAGAGCGUCGGUGCGUUCAACGAGGGAGGAAAGGGCGUCCCCGAGGAUCUGCUCUUCUUCUACCAGAGUCUUCGCUGCGGGGGGGUGUUGCUGCGAGUGGACGAGUGUUUGCUGGUGUAUCGAUAUCAUCCGCAUGCAGCCACACACUCUGUGCUGGAACACAGCAUCUGGGACGUGCGCGUGCGGUUCCUGCAGGAGCGAGUGCUGAUCCGCUGGGACUCCUUCACUGUGUGGAGCGCUGGGAAACAGGGCCGGAGACUCUUCCGCUGCCUGAGCCGCGCCAACCAGGACAAGGUGAAAGCAUUCUGUGACGUGGACGAAAACAAAAUUCAGAAGGGCUUUUACACGUACGAGGAGUCAAAGGAACGGCCGAAGCCCAAGAUUCCCAUCCUGCACUUCAGAAAGGCAUCGCCUCCGUUUAUCGUGUGUGUGAAGCUGGAUAUGACACACGGAGUCCUGGAGGAAAACCUGCUGUCGCUGCAGCUGAUAGAGGGAAUCCACUACUACCACUUCAGCUGAAGACUGAGAUCCAGAUGAAGGACAUCAAGCCUGCGGACGAGUAACGGGACUAAAUAAUGUCUGAAGAUCUAAGAAUGCUAAACCCUUCUCUG